AUGUUGUCUUCGACUUGGUUCUGCGUUAGGAGGACAUACCAGACGCUUGUCGAGGAUUCUUCGCUUCUCGAUGAGCUCGCGCACUCGGGCUUGGGACUUUUUGUAUUCGGCCAGGGUGGGCAGAGGCCCUUGGCCGGCCUGUUUGUUGUCCGCCAUAUGUGGCGCGUUGGGUUGUGUGGGUGUGAAAUCGUACGAAUAGAUCGAUUGAGUGGUGUAGAUGCAAUGCGAGUGGUGUUUUUGAUGCGAAAAUUGCACGGAGAGGAUUGUUGCGAUGGGCUUGUAGUUGAGGUGUAUGGUAUGAGGUAG